UGAUGUUUUGGAGACGGAUGGAAUUUUCCCUUCGUUCAUCCCACCAGGAAGACCCCUGAGGUGCGCCCAAAUACGCUGAUCCGGUCUCUCCCCUCUUUCUUCCAUUCCAUUGUUAGAUUUUUCUUUUCCCCUUUGUUCUCUUCCUCUCUCUCCCUUUCCCUGUUUCAAUCGCCGCUGCUUGCAACGGUGGAUCUAAACACAAUGGUGGAGCAGUGCUCUUAACACACAACGGCGGAGCAGCGCUCUUAAUACACAACGAUGGAGCAGCGCUCUAAACCCAAAACUUGAUGUUACACUCAAGAUUUGGGGAAAAAAGAAGCAAAGCAAAAGCCCAAGCAAGACACACGAGGAGAAGGCUCGUUACUGUUAGGAAAAUACGUUUCCAGUUUCUCUGUUCUGAUGGAUUCCUUUUCCUAAAUGGGUGGUGGAAGAGAUAGAGAGAGAUCCAGACCUCGAUUACACAAAUCAAUGGGGAAAGAGGAAUUAUGAAUAUGUCUCUUUGGGCUGCGACCACCUUCUGGUGCUCAAGGGUCAAACGCUCGUUCAGUGCUAUGCUGACUUCAUGCAAGCUUUCAGGGACAACUUCAAACACCUUCUUGGCGACACCAUCGUGAAAUCCAAGUGGGAAUGGGUUCCAGCAGGAGAGCUCCGUUACCCUUCAUAUCCAGAGAAGAAUGGAAGAUGGAGGUUCCCAGGUAUAGAAGCCUUCCAGUGUUUCGACAAGGUAAGGAAGGGAAGGGUCUUCCAUCUUUUCUGUUGCACGAUCGGAUAUCUUCCCAUUUUCAAAUGGGUGUGUCUGUUUGGAUGAUUGCAGUACAUGGUCAAUAGCUUGAAAGUUGUCGCUGAAGUUGCUAGCAAGCCUGAGUGGGGUCAUAGUGGCCCUACAGAUGCUGGUCACUACAACAACUGGCCAGAGGAUACCCAGUUCUUCCACUGUGAUGGUGCCAGUUGGAAUAGUGCCUAUGGUGAAGUCUUCCUCACUUGGUACUCCUAGUUGCCCCUGAACCACCGUGAAAUGAUACUGUCAUUGGCCGAGUCCAUCUUCCAAGGCACCGGUGUCAAGAUCUCGGUGAAGAUUGCAGACAUCCAUUGGCACUACGAGAGCCGGUCUCAUGUCCUUGAGCUUAGAGAAAGCGGAAUUAGAACUCGCUCCCACCUGCUUCUACUUAGUAACAUUCAGUGCUUACCUCACUCCCUAUCACCACACCGGGAGGGCAUUUUAGGAAUUUUAAAAUAAUUAUUACUCAUGUAAUAUUAUGUGAACGAAGUGUGACAUAAAAUUAAUAGGAGAUUUCGAACAAUUAUAAAAAAAAGUUAAUAAUAUAAUAGCUAAACAAUAAGAGUGGAGUUAAUUAACUAAACAUUAAGGAUUUUAUUGAAAUUGCCCUUCGUUUUAUUAAAAAAAAGCAUGUUGCAUUGCAAUAUAUGGACCCACCAUUUUAUUGGAUAAGCAAUUGGCAAGGGCAUUUUCAAUUUCCCUGCUGAGGCAUAACUCAAGCCUAAGCCCUGACCAAAGUUGACAGCUAAAAUCGUCAAACCUCAAGCCAUCAUCCACGCGUCGACAAUCGACGUAUGCAACUCCCGUAUUACUGUCAUUCUUUUGGAUUCUAAUCUGAUGGCUGAUCGGUCGUGUUUAUAUAAGCAGACCUUCUUCCCUGGUGUACAAAAGCAACUGUGAUAGUAACAUCUUUGUGCAAUUGUGCUCCUUUCAAAGGAAAAAGGAAACGUUAUCUCCAUUCCCCAGUCCAAAGUGCAAACCAAAAGCGAGGGAAAAAUAUCUCGUGAAACAACACAGCGAGCGCCGAGUGACGGACUGAGGGGAAAAUAUCUCCUGAAACAACCGGCGAAUCCUCUACCGACGACGACGAAUUCAACAGGGAAGGCCUGUUUGAGUAACACCUUUCUGAUGUUUCUUCGCUUUCUUGUGAUUAUCGCUUCGCUGUAAUGGCUAUAUCACCUACGUUUCUUCCCACCAUGUCUCUUAACGCCCUUUUGUCUCAAUCUUCAUAUUCAUCUUCACUUCUGUUUCCUGUUAGACUCAAAAGUCGUCCCAUGAUGGGUUGUCAAAGCACACCUGGGAGGAUAGUUCUUAACUGUUCUUCUUCUGAAAUGGGUCCACUCUCGGAGUCUAUGAAAAUCAGACAACCUCGGAUGUCAACUACAACACCAUUCAGAUUAUCAAUGGAUGAAGCUGGAAAGUCAAGGCCAUAUAAAUGGCAAAGGGUUUUGCUUAAAGUAAGUGGAGAAGCACUGGCAGGAGACCGCACACAAAAUAUUGAUCCAAAGAUUACAAUGGCCAUUGCAAGGGAGGUUGCAUCUGUAACUCGGCUUGGCAUUGAGGUUGCAAUAGUAGUUGGUGGGGGAAAUAUCUUCCGUGGAUCUUCAUGGGCAGGAAGUAGCAGUCUUGACCGUUCAUCUGCUGAUUAUAUUGGGAUGCUAGCAACUGUAAUGAAUGCAAUAUUUCUGCAAGCAACGAUGGAAAGUAUCGGAAUCGCAACACGAGUUCAGACAGCAUUCCGGAUGUCUGAAGUGGCAGAGCCCUACAUUCGGAGAAGGGCUAUAAGACACUUGGAGAAGGGAAGGGUAGUUAUCUUUGCGGCAGGAACCGGGAACCCCUUCUUCACAACAGAUACUGCUGCAGCCCUUCGCUGUGCAGAAAUAAAUGCAGAAGUUGUACUCAAGGCUACAAACGUUGAUGGCGUCUAUGAUGAUGACCCUAGGUUUAACCCAAAUGCUCAGCUCCUUGAUUCUUUAAGUUACCAUGAUGUGACAUCAAGGGAUCUAUCCGUAAUGGACAUGACAGCCAUAACUUUGUGUCAAGAAAACAAUAUCCCUGUUGUUGUCUUCAAUUUAACAAAGCCUGGCAAUAUUUCGAAAGCAAUUAGGGGAGAAAGAGUUGGCACUUUGAUCGGUGGAACAUGGAAUUCAACUGCAGCAAAGAUGUAAAAAGCCAAGAGGGUUGGCACCUUUGGAAGGUGAUUGUUUCUAUUGUGAGGUUAGGAAUUUUCUGGGAGCUCCUAAUAGGCUUUGAUGUCUAAACUGAACGGCUCAAAGCAUCUGUAGAGUGCCAGAUUGAGGGAAUCUGACAAGAAACAUUAUAGUUUUUUAAGCUUGGAGAAAUUGAUUUCAGGCUUCUGAUUUGAUUCAUUCAGCAGUGCUGCAGUGGGUGAUGGUUUAUGAAGAACCACACUGUAAAUAUCUUUUGUAUAAUACUAGAAUUAGAUGCUGGAGGACUUGGUGGAAUCUUUGACUAGGCGAGACUCUACAACCAACACUAAUUUAGAAUUGCAUGUAGUAGUUAUCAUCCACUUGAUACUCGAUAGCCAUUGGCCAAUAGAAAAAAAAAAAAAAA